ACAAAAAUCGGAUUUCUGAUAACACUAAGGCUAUUUUGGGCUCUUUGGACGCAUUAACAUUCAUGGAUGACUUUCUUCCUAAGAGAGUAAGUACCCUUCGUUGAAACAUGGCUUAGUUAUAAACUUCUGAAUUGGCAUAUUUCUUCACGUCCUUUCCCUUGGCAACGUACUGAACACCUGCUUGUUUAAUAAGUUUAUUCUCAAUUUUUUUGUUCAUCGGUAAAACAAAAAUGGGAAAGAAAUUCAAGAGGGGAGUGGGGUUAGAAUUACUGGCCACUAUCAAAAGAAGUGAAUUAACCCAACAAAAUCACCAAAUUCACAAACCUUCAGCAAAACGAGCUUAAAGGGGUAUGUAAAAUAGACACCCUAUGGCAAUAUUGCGGAACAUUUAAUUAUAUGGGUGGCUCUGGUAGUGAGUAAGAUGCUGUAAAGCGAAUCCUGUGUUAUGACUAGCUCUACCCGUAUCUCACGUGCUGAGAAUUUCCCCACCAUUCAUGAAAGAAUGGUUGAUGUUUAGGAUAAUAUGGGGAGUGCGGAAUGAGCACAAAAUGGGAAAGUGAUAAUGGGAACAAAACAGAGAAUUGGAAAUUAAAUUACUGAUAGGGCUAGGGUUCAAGUUAGGUUUUGUUCCCAUUUUCUAUUUUCCCAUUCCCUGCACUUGUUCCCCACUCCCCAUUCCCUAUUUUAGUAACAUCCUAAACCAUUAUAGCCUGCAUCACAGAUCUAUUCUAACCCUGGAUAGUAAUGUCUGCAAAGCAGGACCGAUAUCCUUGUUCUUGUACCCCAAUGGGUUCAACAAAUUACCAGAAAUGCGUUUCGAGUAUCCCUUCACCCUGAUUGACAAAUUGACCAUUGCCUUUUUAUUAGGCCAAUCAUGGCACUUACUCAAAUGGUAAACAGAUAAGGGAUACAUAACUGUUUCACAGAUGGACUUAACCAGGAGUUUAUAUAUGGCUACAAACAGUACUUUUACACUCAUGCUGUAUUAUAUAUAGUUAUUUACUAGCCUUGAGUAAUUUUACUCGGCAUUUGUAAAAACAUGGCCCUUGAUGUAAUGAUAGUGUGAAAUCUAACACUGGUUCUAAAAAUAUAAACUGUGCAAGGAUGCCUGAGCUACUAAUCCUGGUUCAUGUUUUCGGUAACUCAAAAAAUGUCCUACCAUUUCCAGUUCAGAUUCAGGCUUGAUUUUGGAAGGAUAGGUUAAACAAUACAUUUAUAUUCUAGUAAUGAUUAAAAUGUGAUCAAACAAUUUCAAAAGCUGCACAAGUGUGACACCUGCUUACAAUGUUGAAUUGCCCUGAAAAAAAGAGGAAAUUAUUUUUUGCUGCUCUAAAACCUAUCAGUCAAUUUUUAUUUAGGAUUCAACCAAUGGUGGUCAUUUCUUUGAAUUCAUAUAAAACUUCAAAUAAUUGAUAAAUUAUUUACAUCUUUUUUAAUCAUCCUCAAUCACCUGUCCUUUUAAGGCUUGCUCACAAGGAUUUCAUUUUUUUGCUUAUUCACAAAAAAUAAUUAAAAGCUUGUUUUGUGGAGUCUGUGGGAAUCACCAGAUGGAUUCCAGUAUUUGUUCCUUUUGUGAUGUGUAGUUCUUAAGCAGAUAUCUUCUGCAGUGUGUUUUCUUAGUAACUUCAUUAUCUGGGCUAAAUGACAAAGAACUUAAGUAUGACUUAAAGUAAACGACUCAGUUGUACUUACUCUAAUAAUUAUUUAGUUCUUUAGAUAGAACUCUUACAUUUGCUUCACUAGUCCAAGAGCAUUAUCGGUCUAUAAGUUUAAUGUGACCACAGUCAUUUAACAACUCACUUUUCACUUUUAGUUUUCCUACUUUAACCAUUAAUGGCCAACAAAGUUUUCCCUUUAGCAGUUUCCCAACAUGAGAGGUUAAGUUUUUUAAUUUUUCAAAAUAUUUUAAAGUUGAUUUUAAUUAAUGUUGUGAGUUAAUAUUAUGACCAUGGACUGCAACAGACUAAACAUAGAGUCUUGACAUACUGUACAUCUUACACUGUACAGAAUGUAUAUUUCAAUGCAUAAAUUUCUUACUGUGUCUAAUGCAUAAAACAGUAAUGAUUCUUUUCCCCACCAGGUUUCUAAUGAAGUGAACUGUCCUUUAAAGAUCUUAGCAAAGAACAUGCUAUAAGUCUGUCCCCAUAAUCCUUGAUGAUCAGGGAUAUUAUAUUAUUAUAGUUUGGAUCACUUUAGAUUAUUAGAUUGGUCUGUGACUCAGCCACCAGUUGGUAAUCUGGAAUAACAAAGCAGUGCUAUUAAUUAACCUCUAUUGCUGUCUUUCUCCUCCAGUGCCUGUGACUGUGACACCAUUUAUAUUUUUCCUUUUUCAUAACUAUUUUAUUUUACAUACAGGAGAGUUAGUGGAGUCCAACAGCUGAAUGAGUGGACAGAUAUCUUAGCACAUCUUGAAUUGCAUGCUCCUUCAUCAGCUGUUAACAAUUCUUUUGAAACUAAACAAACAAAAACUGAUGACUUAAAGCCAGAUAUGGCCAAGGUACAUGUUAAUAUUUUAAAUAUAUUAAUUAAAUCUUAAAUCAAUGAAAUUAUGAAUCUUAAAUAUAAAUUAUACUUACAGGGUUAAAAUAUAAAUAUAAAUAUAGGGCUGAUUUUUCCUGUGUCCUUAUAGUGAGCAGGCAGCAGAGAAAAUAAUGCAUUUAACUGUUACAAACUUCUUUCUUUAAGUAAUAAAAAUGUAAAUUUAACUUUAAAUAUUUUAACCAUAACCACAAAAGGCUAAUGGAACUGCAAUGAAGAAUAUUUAAGCAAUAGACCACACUUUCUAUGGGUUUACUGGCGUGAUAACCCACGUGGGAUGUUGGGAGAACACAAGAAAAGCUUGUUUAUCACAAACCGGAAGCAAGUGAUUCUCAAGCUUUUCGAGUGUUCUCCCAACAUCCCAAGUUGGUUAUCAUGCUGGUAAACCCAUAGAAAGUGUGGUCUAUUGCUUUUAUAAAAUAACUUUAAGUUUUCUAUAUGUUUACACAAUAAACCAUAGGUUUUUAACCAAUCAGAACGUGCAUACUAUCUUAGUUAUUUAAUAAAAAUAGAUAUGAUUGAACCAACAGUGUAGUAACAUAAUUUGCAUUAUUGAAUGUUUAAAAAAACUUCGCUCAACUUUAUCUUUGUUACAGAAAAACUCAUGGGUUGUACUCUUUAGAAGACUUACAACAAAGUUAUUGUAGGUUUCUGAUUGUCAUAAAAUUUUUAGACUUGCUUUAGCCCCUUGAGUCUGUUUUUAGGUCUUUUUCCAUACAUAUGAAACAUGGCAGCAUGGUAAUAGCUCAUGCUAGAACUGAUAAACUCUUAACUCUAUAUUUCUGUCCAUGACUUUUACUUUUACUUUGAUGCUUGUAAGAUUGAAUUAAGUUUAUGUCUUAUAGUAUCUUUUUUUUUCUAAUGCUUUGAUUUUAUUCCUAUGUCUCUUCUUUUGUUGUCUGCUUACCUGCUGGGUAGCCUGCAGAGGAGAUGAUCAGUUCCUACUCUGAUGAACAGUUCUUACUCAUUUCUCUUCCUUCUGAUGGUGAUGUGGUAACUUUGGCAUGUUAAUGGCUAUUUACUCCUUCUUUCAGUUUCUUUCAAUGAUCUUCAACUCUUUUCAUUAACAAGAUCAUCUGGGAAGCUAGAGGAGCUUAAUUGAUGCUCCAUUGCUUAAAAACGUGUAUUGUUAUUAUUAUAAUAUUAUUAUUGUUAUUAGGAAGUCCGACAAGGCAGAAGAGCCGCUCAGAAUAUUCACUCCAAUCAAGAGGCAGAUGAGGAUGUAUUGGAUGCGUCUCUGGGAGACAUGACACUUCAAGCUAAUAACACAGCAGCUACAGCAGAACACGAUCAAGUAAAAUUCUAACUGCUUUUACAUAAUGAAUAUUUUUCUACACUGUCAUGAAAGCAAACUUUGAAAUUUCUUUCCCCUUUUAAUGCUGUACUGAGAUACUGUAAUUUCUGAUGCCUAACCCCACACCAACCCACCACUGAGCCAGGAUUUAUAAUCCUACUCCUUCUGAAAGAAGGCAAUUUUCAAUAGGUUGUAUUAAUUUUGUUUUGUAGCCGCCACCAAAACCCUCUAGAAGACAAGGAGGCUGGGCAGAUGACACACCCAAAGAGAAAAAGAAAGGGUAUGGAUUAAACUAGCAUGAAUUAUCAUGUGGAAUUUUAAACUCUGCAAUUAAUAGCUUCAUCAUAAAAGAUUUGUCUCCCGCUGGCACUAUCUUGAUUAUUUUAUAAUUUUUUAUAUAAUUUUCUUUCUUUGACAGGAGAAGGGAUGUUGAAACCUUUCAAGAAGAAGAGUAAGAAUUCCUUUUAUUGAAGGCUCAUUUUUACUAGGAAAUAAUUCCUGAAUAAAGCUAGUACAUAUAAAGAAAAUUAUGUUCACCAUUAUCCUAUAAAUCACACCAUUAAUACUAAGUCUUACAAAUGCAUUUUUCCAUUUUUGUUCAGUGAGAGACUCAAAAUGGACAAUACCGUAACACAGGAUGAUGAUGAUGGUGGUAAGAUUACCCUUCAAUGUCAACUAUUGUAAUGCUUAGUUAUGUCAUAAUAGUAAGAGUGUCAUUAGUUUGAAUUCUCAUGACUGAUGUACUCAUUAGAUUCUUAUUGUUAGAUUUUACAUUUAUUCAGUUGAUAACAUUCUUGUCUGUGUUUGUGAAUUUUUAGACAUUCCUGUGAUUCCUGAUUUGGAAGAUGUACAAGAGGAAGACAUGAUGACACAGAUUGCUGCUCCACCCAGGUUAUUAUUUCUGUAUUACUCUCCCUUAGUUGUUUUAAUACUCUCCCAAGGCCCCUUACACAGCUUCACCUCAACAAUAAACGCACAUGAUUAUAAUAUAAACAGUAAAAACCUAUUAUUAUGAGAGAGGGUGAUACUAAUAAACCUGGAGACGCUUUCCAGAUCAAACAUGCUGGUUCUUGAGAAGAGGGGAAAGUCAGAGUACUUGAAGAAAAACCUUUCUUUUUUACUUUUAUUUUAGUUUCAUCUUCAUUUUGAGGUUGGCAUGUGCAGACUCCAAAUGCUUUUUCCCAAUUUAAUUUAUGCAUGUGACUUCCAUUAGUUAUCAAUGGCAUUCAACUGCUUUUUCAUAUUGAUAAUUUUUUACUUUUUUUUGCUCUCAGUGUUCAAGUCAACAGGGUAGCGACUUACAAAGAACUGGACAGCUACUUCCAGAAACAAUCUGCACUCUUUAAUGUGAACUUACUGGUAAGAGUAACGAAAUAGUGAACAUCCCAACCUGAAAUAAAUAAACAAAUUAAUAUCUAAAUGAGUAAAUAAAUACAUGAUACAAUACAUAAUAUCUUAUUCUUUCAACUAUUUUCAGGAUGGAGAAAUUGACCUCAAACUUCUGACUAAUGUUCUGUCUCCAGAAACGGAAGUUUUUGAGGUGACGAUUAUGUACUUUGCUUAUCUAAUGUGUGUUUAAUUAAAGUUAGCCAUAUCGAGUCUGGUAACACUCAAACUGACGUUUAUAUAGCUCAAAGUGAUUAUCAUCCAGGUACUUGCCAGCUCUCUACAAGACUGCAUCGUCAAUGACCACACAAAUUUGUGAAAUUUAAAAUAUUCGUAUGCUUCUAUAUAGAUAACAUAAAAAAUAUAGUAGUGUAAGAUAGUAAUGUACUAUAGAGGUCAUUUGAAUAGGAAUCAAACAAGUAAACUAUCAACAGUUCUGAGCAGGGGGUGGGGGUUGUUUCGACUUGAGGCUUUUCCUUUGCUUUCGUGGCGCUACGUAGCUUUGCUCUCUGUCCAUUUUAAAUGGAAACUUGUAUCAUGUGCUGUCCAACAUUCUGCCUUUCAGAAUUAAACCAUACCAACCGUAUUUUACUGCCCUGGUAAUUUUCUCCCACUAUUUUAAGUGACUACCCUGGGGGGCUUAUUUAUUUCAAGCCCAUUGGAAGCGGGGCUUAAUAGAGACAGUGGGCUUAUUUAAUUUAGAAACGACGAUGGUAUCAGUUCUCCAUAAAGAACUAGAAUACAAAGUGGAAAAGCUCAAGUACAAGACGUUUUAGGUCUUGCAGCCGAGGAUCAGAAUCAAAUCCGAACUUCCAGUUGGUAAAUAAACCACCACGGAUCAGUUCACACGAAGUUUUCCAGUCGUGAUUGAUUAAAACAGUCCAUCAUUUAUUAGUGAAGAAUAAUUAGGGGCGGGGAGGUGGGGGCUUAAUAGAGAGGGGGGGCUUAUUAACUUUCUUCCCACGAAAAGGGGACGGGGGGCUUAAUAGAGGAUUUACGGUAAUGCUGCAACUUUCUAAUUAUUACUUUCCUUUCUCUUUUUUUAGGAGGACAAGCGGUGGGACUGGAACCGACUUUUCACUGAAGUCGCGUCUGAACUCCAGACGGAGUGGGACGAGGGAGGAGAGACAGAUGACUUGGAUGAUACCAAAUCAUAAACAAAGCCUAAUGCUUUUUUAGAACUCGAUAUAUUUAAGAGGUCUGCAGGGGCCAAGAGAUAAGAAAGAAAGUCUGCUAUUUAUUAAUAUGGAACCAGGAGUCCAGAAAACUGUAUAUACAUUCUGAUCCCACUGCAUGUUAACUGAAGAAGAAGGCUUCGUGCUUAACAGGCUUGUAUAAAAAUAGCACGCGGAUGAUUCAAUUCAUUCGAAGUAAAGUUAUCCAAAUACGUUUUACAACUGCGUGCCGAGAAGCCUGAAAUUUCUCAGUGAAAAGUGAAAUUUUCCAGUAAAGCUGGGGAAAAGCAGAGGACAGCGUAAUGAACAUUAUAUAAGUAUAAACAUUAUAUAAGUAUAAACAUUAUAUAAGUAUAAACAUUCUACCUAGCGUCACUCCGCCUUGUAAGCUGCCUUCCACGCAGGAUUCCUU